GGCUUCGGUCAGCUUUUUGGUCGUCAAAAUGGAGUCAGCAUUCAACGCCAUAUUAGGAAGGGCUACUCUAUGCGAGCUGAAGGCUGUUAUUUCACAACCCCAUCUAUGCAUGAAAUUCCCAACGCCUCAAGGGGUAGGGGUGCUAAAGGGGAAUCAGAGAAUGGCCAGGGCAUGUUAUCAGGAUACGUUUAAGAAGGUUGAGCUCGCUGUAGCCCCUGGAAGCUCCGAAACUGGUAGACCGACUCAGCCCGGCCAGCAGACAAUGAGCAUAUCGGACAUUGAGCAUAGACCUGAGGGCGUUGAACAGAAAGCAGAGCCAGUAGAGCCAGUAGAAACUGUUCCUCUAAAUCCUGAUGUGCCGGAAAGAACAGUCAAGAUCGGCACCAAGCUCACAAAGGAAAAACGAGUAGAGCUCCUGGAGUUUUUGAGGGUCAAUCAAGAUGUGUUCGCGUGGACUACUGAUGAAAUGCCUGGUGUCCCAGCAGAGCUGACGGUCCACAAGCUCAGCACGGACCCCACGCGAAGGCCGGUGGUACAGAAACGUCGCCUUUUUGGCCCCGAGAAGCAAGCUGCCAUAGAUGAAGAGAUACAAAAGCUGUUACAAGCAGGCUUCAUCAGGAGAGUGGAGUACUCUAAAUGGGUGUCCAACCCUGUACUCGUCAAAAAGCCAAAUGGCAAGUGGAGGAUGUGUAUUGACUUCACCAACCUCAAUGAUGCGUGUCCAAAAGACCCUCAUCCCUUGCCAAACGUUGAGAAGUUAGUGGAGCGGGCAGCUGGGCAUGAAUGGAUGAGUUUUCUUGACGCCAGCUCGGGCUAUCACCAGGUUCAGUUGCUGUUGGACGACCAGGAGAAAACAGCUUUCUACGCGGGGGACGCUAUCUAUUGCUAUGUGAUGAUGCCAUUCGGCUUGAAAAAUGCUGGCGCUACAUACCAGAAGCUGGUACAAAUCGUCUUCAAGCUCCAGAUUGGCAGAAACAUAGAAGUGUAUGUGGAUGACAUGAUAGUCACCAGCGUACGAGCUGAGGACCAUAUAGACGAUCUGAGCGAGACCUUUCAGAAUUUGCGCCGAGCCCAAAUGAAGCUGAACCCUCUGAAGUGCACGUUCGCUGUAGAAUCAGGAAAAUUCCUAGGAUACGUGGUAUCCAAGAAAGGAAUUGAAGUGAACCCAGAGAAAGUUCUGGCCGUUCAACAGAUGGAGCCUCCCAAGACUUCAAACGGACAGGCCGAGUCUGCCAAUAAAAUCGUUUUGCGAGGCCUCAAGACGCGUGUUAUAGCUGCGCAUUCUAAUUGGGUUGACGAGCUCAAUAAAGUACUUUGGUCAUGUCGCACGACACCCAACUCGGCCACGGGCGAAACUCCGUUCAGCCUGGCAUAUGGAGCUGAGGCCGUCAUCCCUGUCGAAGUCGGUUUGCCAUCUAUUAGAUCAGAUCGUCAAGAUGAUCAGAAUAAUGGGCAACUCCUAAGAGAAAACCUAGACCUAGUGGAGGAAGUCAGGCAAAUGGCUCGAAUUAAGAACAUGGCACACCAAAGCCGUGUGGCAAAGUUUUAUAACAAGAGAGUUCGAGCUCGACAGUUUCAGGUCGGCGAUCUGGUUCUACGCAAAGCUGGAUUAACCAAUGCCUAUUCACAUAUGGGCAAGCUCGCCCCUAAUUGGGAAGGCCCUUAUAUGGUUAUUAAUAUUAAAUGACCUGGGUGUUAUCAACUAGCAGAUUUA